UCAAGUAGGAACUAAGUUACAUGAUCUUUGUUUCUGGGAGGACCGGUAUUAGUGUUGGCCUUUUAAGUGUAAGCGUAGAUAAACAUUGUGUUUUUUGUUGGAAAUGUUCACAUAACAUUAAAGAGACUAAAGGCUCCGUAUUUCACUAGUUUUGGCCCAAUACUUCAAGCAGAGAUCUCAAAAUGAGAGCAACGAUCAACCAGAAGUUAACUGAGAUGGGAGAACGGGAGAGACUCAAAGAGCUACUGAGAGCCAAGCUCACUGAAUGUGGAUGGAAAGAUCAGAUGAAAGCUCAUUGCAAAGAAGUCAUCAAAGAAAAAGGCUUGGAACACGUGACUGUAGAGGACCUGGUGGUUGAGAUCACACCUAAGGGGAGAGCCCUGGUUCCUGACAGUGUGAAGAAGGAGCUACUGCAGAGAAUAAGGAUGUUCUUGGCUCAACACGCCACAUAGAGUAAAGAAAAACAUGCAUCCAUCUGUGUUUGAAGCAUUUUCCCAUCAGUUCUCUGUUCUCCGGGCUAUAAUAGUUUCCUGAUACACAAUAUUUUUGUGUUGUGGAUUUGCUUGAGGUUGUGCGAGGACAAUCCUUUUUUUAUUGUUGUCUUUGUUUUAUUGUCAUUUUAUUGUUCAGUUGACCAAGUUUCUUCGUUUAUAGUUCUGUAAAUACACUUUGCAAUAAAAUGUUUUUAAUCCA